GUCGUGAMAAAAUGUAUUUGCAAAAGUUGAUGUGACGUCAUCACUAUAAGUCUUUGAUUGUGCCGAUUGGCUCCGCCGCYCGUGUGAUAUUGUAAAAGUAAUUACUUCUUUUAGUCGAAAAAAAUGUUGCGGGAACUGRGAAUCUACUUAGGAACUUCGUCCAAACGUUUUAAAGCGUUUUAUAAGGUUGAAACUUUUCUAUGAUGUUAUUAUCAUUUGAUAAGGUUUGCUUAAGCAAUAUUUAAUCUCGUCGUGACCGCGUGUGUUUGCAUUUAUGUUUGAUUUUCUUGUUUAUUUUUUGUUGUUUGUUUGUUUGCAUGUGUUUACAGUGUAGUUAUACCCUUGAUUGAUAAUUACUUAAUAAGUACAUUAGUAAUGCUGGAUGCAAGUCUUUUGUUAUCCACAUGGCAACCAGAAAACAAUUGUCUGCUAGAAACAAAGCAAAUUGAAARCGCUAUUGUGAAUGAGCUUCAUUUGCAUUCGAUGCAUAUGUUGAUUACAAAACAUGAAGCAUUGCGUGACAUGCAUCAAUAGUGCUCUCUGCAUGCUGUAUUGUGUUCGGUUUUUAUGUAUUUAUAAAAAGAUAGCAGCGAAAAAAUGUAGGCGAAAUGUAAAUAGAACUUGAAAAACGCGCGAUUUUGGAUUACCUUUGUACGCCUGCGUAUUAAAGUGACACUUGAAUGGUAUUCCCAGGAGGGAUUUUCUGAUCUGUGAUUGGUUGUUUGGAUUGGCGGGAUAUUCUGUAAAUCGGCGCCAAAUCGAGUCUCAUUCAUUCUGAUGAAGCCGGCCAGAUAGGCUAGUCAUCGGAGCCUGAAAUUGUCGUUUUAAAAUUGAUAUUCACCAAGAUAAAACUUUUUCAGGUUCUGAUCUAGCUCUGGUGGCUUUCAUUACAAAACGAGAAGAAUAAAUGGCCAGCAAAAGUGGAAUUAUUUCAAGGCAAGACUCGACUCUUGAAAACCGACCCAGGAGGACUCGAAAGACCAAAGAAGACACUGUUGUAUCGAAAACCAUUUCGAAAAAACUUAGAAAGUCAAGACGAAUUAAGAAUAACAAGAAGAUGKCAGAAACUCUCUGUAAAACUGAAGGAAGCAUCAGCUCAUUUAGAAAUAUAGAAAAAGGAAUUACACAAAGCAAUAGAAUAUUACAGGAAAGAACUUUAAUGGACAAUGUCAAAACUAAAGAGCUKUCCAGUAGGGAUAGACACACUUCCAAUUUUACAUUUUCAAAUUUUUUUGUUCCUGUUGUACGCAAGCUUACUCCUCUACCAGAACUUAACUGGGCAAGUGCUGAAGAAUUGUGGGUUCAUAUGUUGGAAAAGGACAGGAAAUACACAAGAGAUGCUCUGUAUUUGAGAUAUCAUAAAAAUUUACUACCAAGAAUGAGGAGUAUUCUAAUAGACUGGUUGAUUGAGGUAUGUGAAGUAUACAGACUUCACAGAGAAACAUUCUAUCUAGCAGUAGACUUCAUUGAUAGAUAUCUUACUAUAAAGCAUGAUAUUCCCAAACAAAGACUACAGCUUAUUGGCACAACAGCAUUGUUUAUUGCAGCUAAAAUUGAGGAAAUUUAUCCUCCCAAGCUCUCUGAGUUUGCUUAUGUUACUGAUGGGGCAUGCACAGAAGAGGAGAUUUUGAGACAAGAACUUGUGAUGUUAAAGGAUUUGAAUUGGAAUCUUUGCCCAGUUACAUGYAACACCUGGCUAAACAUCUACUUACAACUCUACUGGUUAUCAUCUUCUAAGGACAACCCUAAAGCAAAGAAAACCAACUUUGUUUAUCCUGAGUACUGUCAAAAGGACUUUUUGAAAGUUGCUGAGCUUUUAGAUUUGUGCAGCUUGGAUAUUGGAAGUCUUCACUUUUCUUACAGUAUAUUAACCUCAUCAGCAUUGUAUCAUAUCCUUCCUGUCAACAUUGAGGACAUUACAGGUCACAAGUGGGAAGAGUUAUAUCCCUGYAUCCAAUGGAUGAAGUCAUUUGCUACUGUUAUCAGGGACAAGGAGGAACCUGUGUUGCGGAAGUUUGACCAAGUUAAACAAGAAGAUGCCCAUAAUAUCCAGAUUCAUUACAACAAUUUAGCAAUGCUGGAAAGAGCUCAGUCCCUUUCUGUACCAUGCACAGUAUCUCAAGAGCGCAGAACACCAAGCCCACCAGUACAACCUGAAUUUACACCAUUAACCCCACCAAGCAGUACMAAAAAGAUACUUCCACCUUCACAAUAAUGUGGCCGCGCCACAUGUACACAUAUUGAAAUCAUGCAUUUUAAUCUAUUUUAKAUCUAUUUUCAUAACAUACUUUUUCAAAAAAUACUUUUUACAAAAUCUUAAAGUAACAAGAAUUUUAAAUCAAUGUACUUGAUCUUUGCAUCAUUGUUUUAGAAAGCGUCUGUUUUAAAAACAAAAAAUAAUCUUGACUGAUUUAACUUUGCUUUAUAUUAAAGCCAGUUUUACAGUAAGCCAAAGGCAUUAAAAGCACUUCRUGUAAAAAGAACAUUUACAUUUUGAYGUGAAAUCCUGACAUCCCUUUUUAAGUUGGCCAAGUUUUUCAACAGUGCCUUGAAGAAAAUGUUACAUUGUCAUGAAAAUUUGUAYAGGAAUUUCUGCACUAAUUGGCAAUGAAUUUGAUAGAGAAAUAUUCACCAAAUCUUGAAUAUCCUCAUGUUUAUAUAGUUUUAUUUUAGAUAGUGCAAAUUUUUAAAGAAUGAUUUGUGGAUUGAUAUGUUUAUAAUAAAAUGUUAUCUAUA